AUGUCUCAUCAGCACCCGCCAAAGGUCGUAUUACUCUUGCUUGAACUCGGGUCAAGAAGCUCGUUCCUCGACGAGCAGUUCGACAUCUUGAAAGCCAAAGCAGACGUCCAGGUGAUCACGCAGGCCGCAGAAGCAAGCACGCUCUUCAACAGCACUUCUCGCCCCGUCGUCUUCGCGGCAGACGAGGCCCUGACCCAGCAAAAGUAUGCCCAACAGAAAGCCGAAGCAGUCACCUACAUCCGUAACGGAGGCACGAUAGUCUUUGGAGGCCGAAUUGGAGGAAGGACCCGCUCCAGCGACAUCAACGAGCUCUUUGCCGACCUUUCUUUGCCAUGGCUUUCGGGAUCUUACUACCGAACCGACUUCGAUCUCAACCCAUCGAUGACACAGAUCAACACCUCCAGGUUGGCUCAUCGCUUCAGUCAGAAGGCCAUGCAGCUCAGCGACGUGCAGCAAAACGAUAAGAUCUAUGUGCCAGCUCCGUCUGCUCGCCUGCAGUCUUUGGUCUUCCCGGCGGUCGAAAUUGAAGAUCACUCGGAGACGCCCGCUGCUUUUGGGAGCUGCGGCCUGGGCAAGGUUGGAUAUCUGGGCGAUGUGAAUGCUGAACCAGAAACUGCCGAGGUACUGCUGGCGAUGUGCGGUCUCUCGGGCUGGGAGUAG